AUAAAACAACUAAAUAACAAUACGGCUCCAGGCAUAGAUGGUAUAUUUGUAGAAAUGUUGAAGGAGGGGAGUGAAAUUAUUCUCGAAGAAUUGAAAAAUUUUAUCAACGAACGUCUUAACAGAGGAAAAGUCCCAGAUGAUUGAAAUGAAAGUUUGACAAUACUUCUUUUCAAAAAAGAAGACAGGAGAGGUUUAAAGAACUAUAGGCCAAUCUCCCUGCUGUCUUAAAUGUACAAUCUGUUUAUGAGAGUAAUAACUAAGAGGUUAACGUCGAAGCUCGAUAGUUAUCAACCGGAAGAGCAGGCAGGAUUCCCAAAAGGUUACAGUAAAGCGGAUCAUCUUCUUACAGUCAGAACGCUAAUAGAAAAAACCAAUGAAUAUCAUCUGAACCUAUACAUUGGCUUCGUUGAUUAUAAAAAGAGAGAAUGAACAACUGCAGGAUAGACUCCCGAUACAGAAUUCAUAU